AUGCCGUUCAAAUCCAUUAUUCGAGAGCUCAAAGGCAAGAAUGGCUUAGAGAACAAGAAAAAGAAACUGUCUGACUCAAAAUGUGAGCAAGGUCAUACAAAGAAACUAUCUGAGUCAAAUUGUGAGGAAGGUCAUACAAAAUCACACAUUGCUAUUGAGGGAUCAUUGCCAUCUCAAUCUGCAUUGAUACAAGAAAGCCCGUGGACAGAUUUGCCUUCCGAGUUGCUUCUUGAUAUUUUCGGUAGAGUGGAGGCAAACGAGACCACAUGGCCUGCCCGGAGGGCUGUGGUUGCGUGUGCUGGGGUUUGCAGGUCAUGGAGAGAAGUUGCUAAGGAAGUUGUAAAGACUCCUGAAGAAUGUGGGUUGCUCACCUUUCCCAUGUCACUAAAGCAGCCGGCUCCAAGAGAUUCUCCAAUUCAAUGCUUUAUCAAAAGGGAAAGGGGGACGUCAAUGUAUCAACUGUAUCUUGGCUUGAGCCCUGGUGACCCAAGCAAAUUGUUGCUGGCAGCAAAAAGGAUCAGGAGGGCAACAAAAACAGAUUUUUUGAUAUCCUUGUCUGCAAAUGAUUUUUCUCAGACUAGUAACAAUUAUGUUGGAAAACUAAGGUCCAAUUUUUUUGGCUCCAAGUUUGUCAUUCAUGAUUGUCAACCUCCAUCCAACUCUGAUAUCCAGUCCUAUGGUUGGUCACGCAAAAAGGUCUCUAUGAAGAAGGUGUCCCCGAGGCUACCUGUUUGCAAUUAUAAUGUGGCCACCAUAUCAUAUGAACUCAAUGUUCUGCGUACUAGAGGGCCAAGAAGAAUGCAAUGCAACAUGCACACAAUCCCUGCCUCCGCAAUUCAAGAAGGUGGAAGAACCCCUACGCCUGCUACAUUUAGUAAUGGACUUGAUCAAAUGUUCUCUCCCUUGACAGAGUCUACAGAUAAAAACCAAAAAUCUACUUCCACUAGUCCUGUCAAGUUACCGGCAUCCAUUUACACCACUAGAGAUCCACUUGUUUUAAGAAACAAAAUUCCAAGAUGGCACGAGCAGCUCCAGUGUUGGUGCCUGAACUUCAAAGGACGUGUUACAGUGGCCUCUGUCAAGAACUUUCAGCUGGUAGCUGCUAUAGACGCGUCGAAGAAUGUUCCCGCUGCAGACCAAGAGAAAGUAAUCUUGCAAUUUGGGAAGAUAGGGAAAGACAUAUUUACCAUGGACUAUCUUUACCCCCUUUCUGCCUUUCAGGCCUUCACAAUCUGUUUAAGCAGCUUUGACAUGAAACCGGCAUGCGAGUAG